AUGGCGGCGCUGCUCAGGAAAUUGGAGCAGGAGCAGGAGCUGGGUCUGCGGGACGAGAUGAAGCAGCGCCUCACGGAGUACAGCGUGGCCGUUCGUGGAGGUCAAACAACUUUCCUUGAUGACUGUGUUGAAGAAAAGAGUGUUCAAAGAAGAAAGUUAAAAUGUGGCAUUGCUUUUAAACUUCUUGUUAUCUUCACACUGGGUUUGUCGGGUUUUUUUCCCUUCAGCGCAACAGAAGAUUUGCAAAUAAGUAAAGAGGAAUCAGAAGUCUCUGUGGGGAACAAGACAUUGGCCUUGCAAAGGAUCCAACUUAUGUCUUCCCUGAGAAACACGGUGAAUCAAGAUGAUGAAGACUCAGGUGGGAUCCUGGAAACAGUGAAUCACAUAGUGUUUCUCAGCCAAUCAAUAAUUCACUAUCAGCAGCAAGCACAUGAGAAGAAAGAGAAGUUGUUUGACAUUAAAAGGAAGAGACUCUCACUAAAAAAAGACGAAAGAAGAAAACUACAGCAAAUUCAGGCUAUGAAGAAAAAACAAAAGAAAGAAAAAGGAAAUAUGAACCUGGUUGAAAAGAAGUUGCUUCAGAACAUAGAAAAAGAAAGAGACAUGACUACAGUCAUUCAAAAUGUGUUUCAGAAUAUCAUUAUUGGAAGCGGAGUUAACUGGGCAGAAGAUCCAUCUUUAAAGGCAGUCAUUCUACAGCUUGAAAAAAAUGUCUGUCUUCCGUGAAUCAGGAGGAAUUAUUUUUUAAUU